CAGGGACAUUGUCCUGUGUGGUCCUAACGUCCCCUGUCCCCCCUCAGGUUUGGGCGUCGGAUGCCAGGGGGUCCCACAACCCCCCCUCCGACCUGGUGUGGAAGCAGCAACGUUCCUGGGGGAUUGGGGACAAUAUCGAGACCACUCUGAUCAACGGCAGCAACGAGGAGGUGGCUAGCCGCAAGGUCACCCGCUCGGGGCUGCUGAACGAUGAUGAGGAGGAUGAUGAGGGGGAGUUGGACGGGGAGUUACAGCGGAAGGAGCUACACCAGGCCUCGGCCCAGGAGGGCGAAUACAACCUGCGCUCGCGGGCCCUGGUGUGCGGCUCGUGUGGUCAGCCCGCCUCCUCCGGCCAUUCCGGCCAUUCCGGCCACUCCGGCCAUUCCGGCCACUCCGGCCACUCCGCGCAGGGGGAGCAGACGUCCACGGUCAUCACCGGACCCACCGCCCGCCAGACCGUUACCAAGAGCUACCGGGCGGUCAGCGUGAGCGGGGGAGGGGGCGGGGCGGAGAGUUUGGUCUCUCGCUCCUAUCUACUGCCCCCACCGACCCACAUUGGCCAGGGAACUAACCGCGCUGAUCCUCAAAACUGCGCCGUCAUGUAAUGGCCGAUCUCCGGGCAACGAUCUUUUCAAAGAAGCCAUUUUUGACCAUGUACUGUAUAACAGGAAUUUUUUUUAAAAGAGUUUGUAAGCUUUGGCAGAAAUAGUUUGUUGAUUUAAUCCCCCUUUUGAUUCUGUAUGUUGCUCGGAACUGGGAGAGACUGAGAUUUGAUUUGUAAAAUUUGAAUUGCAAUUUGCGUUCAAAUUUGAGUUGAAAUUCGCUUUGAAAAAUGAAUUGAAAUUUGAUUUUGUUUGAAUUGAAUUUUGAUUUCAAUUUUGAAUUGAAACGUGAUUUCGGAUUUGAAUUAAAAUUUGAUUUCCCC